GUGGAGGCAGUAGAAACCAAACCUGUACGUUUCGUACGUAGAAUAUACAUCCCAAUCAUCCAUCUCUCUUACCACUAAUCACUCCAGAAAUACCUCAGACCCUUUCCCAUCUUUCUCCCUCUCGCAGAAGAAGAGGAUAUGGGUACUCUCCACUGCCAUACGACGACGAUUAUUCUUUUCUUGGUUCUCCUGCUCGUCCCCUCAGCCUACUCCUUCUACCUCCCUGGCGUCGCUCCUCGCGAUUUCAUAACUGGUGAUCCACUGCCUGUCAAAGUGAACAAAUUGUCAUCUACUAAGACACAACUUCCAUAUGACUACUACUACUUAAAGUAUUGCAAACCUUCAAAGAUUUUGAACAAUGCAGAAAAUUUGGGGGAAGUUCUCCGAGGUGACCGCAUCGAAAAUUCUGUCUAUACUUUCGAAAUGAGGAAGGAUCAGUCGUGCAAAGUUGCAUGUAAAAGUCAUCUUGAUGCUGAAUCUGCCAAGAAUUUUAAGGAAAAAAUUGAUGAUGAAUAUCGCGUUAACAUGAUUUUAGAUAACCUUCCUGUUGCUGUUCUUAGACAGAGGAGGGAUGGAAGUCAGUCAACGACAUAUGAACACGGUUUCCGUGUUGGGUUCAAAGGAAAUUAUAUUGGGAGCAAAGAGGAGAAAUAUUUCAUAAAUAAUCACUUAAGCUUUAGAGUCAUGUAUCACAAAGACCCGGAGACUGAUUCUGCUCGGAUAGUUGGUUUUGAGGUUAUUCCAUACAGCAUUAAUCAUGAAUACAAGGAUUGGGAUGAUAAGAAUCCUCAAUUAGCAACAUGCAACAAAGACACCAAAAAUUUAGUACAAGGUAACAAUGUGCCACAAGAAGUUGACACAGAUAAGGAUGUUGUUUUUACAUAUGACGUUACGUUCAAGGAAAGUGAGAUCAAAUGGGCAUCUCGUUGGGACACAUACCUCCUCAUGAAUGAUGAUCAGAUCCAUUGGUUCUCCAUCAUAAACUCUCUGAUGAUUGUCCUCUUUCUUUCUGGCAUGGUGGCAAUGAUCAUGAUGAGAACUUUAUACAGAGAUAUUGCCAACUAUAAUCAAUUGGAAACCCAAGAUGAGGCUCAAGAAGAAACAGGAUGGAAACUAGUCCAUGGAGAUGUUUUCAGGCCACCAAUCAAUUCUGGUUUACUUUGUGUCUAUGUUGGUACGGGUGUUCAGAUCUUUGCAAUGACACUUGUGACAAUGAUAUUUGCAUUGCUUGGUUUCUUAUCUCCUUCCAACAGAGGAGGGCUUAUGACUGCCAUGGUUCUGUUGUGGGUUUUCAUGGGCUUGUUUGCUGGUUACUCCUCAGCACGUCUGUACAAAAUGUUCAGGGGCACAGAGUGGAAGAGGAAUACCUUGAAAACUGCAUUUAUGUUUCCAGGUAUUCUUUUUGGAGUGUUCUUUGUUCUGAAUGCAUUAAUCUGGGGGGAACAAUCUUCUGGGGCCGUGCCCUUUGGGACAAUGUUUGCUCUUGUCUGCUUAUGGUUUGGCAUAUCAGUGCCCUUGGUCUUUGUGGGGAGUUAUUUGGGUUUCAAAAAACCAGCCAUGGAAGACCCUGUGAAGACUAACAAAAUUCCUAGGCAAAUACCGGAGCAGGCAUGGUACAUGAAACCGAUCUUCUCUAUUCUCAUUGGUGGCAUUCUUCCAUUUGGGGCUGUUUUCAUUGAGCUCUUCUUUAUCUUGACAUCAAUAUGGCUGAACCAGUUCUAUUACAUAUUCGGCUUUCUCUUUAUAGUGUUCACGAUCCUUCUAAUCACUUGUGCGGAGAUAACGGUUGUUCUCUGCUACUUCCAGUUGUGCAGUGAAGACUACUACUGGUGGUGGAGAUCUUACCUGACUGCUGGCUCCUCUGCACUCUAUCUUUUCCUCUACUCUGUCUUCUACUUCUUGACCAAGUUGGAGAUCACAAAGCUGGUUUCAGGCAUCCUUUAUUUUGGAUACAUGAUAAUUGUAUCAUACGCUUUCUUUGUCUUGACGGGUACUAUUGGCUUCUAUGCAUGCUUCUGGUUUGUUAGGAAGAUCUACUCAUCUGUUAAAAUCGACUGAUCAAAAGAUGCAGUAAUAUGGGGAAAGAUGAAUUUAUGACCAUCAGAGAGCAGAGAAGGGAUAAAGGAUAAAGAUUUAAGAGAAAUUUUCUUCCCACUCGCCAAAAACCGUUUCUAUGUUGUUGAUAGUAGCAUGAGGCUUGGCCUGUUAUUUUGUUUUACACCUUUGUUAAUUUCAUGAACUGUACCUCAGUAAUUACCUUGCAAGCAUCUUGAGCAGGGACCUUGAUGAAUGGAUACUUGUACGAUAUCCAUAUGCUUACAACAA